AUGAGAUUUUCUAUAUCCACGGAGAAGACCAAUCACACAGUGACUGAGUUCAUCAUGGUUGGCUUCACAACGGACCCUGUCAUGCAGCUGGUCUUGUUUGUGGUGUUCCUUGGUGUCUACUCUGUGACCCUGGUAGGAAAUACCAUUCUCAUGGUGUUGAUCUGUAAUGACUCCCGGCUGCACACACCCAUGUAUUUUUUCAUUGGGAAUCUGUCUUUUCUGGAUUUCUGGUAUUCCUCUGUCUACACCCCAAAGAUCCUAGUGACAUGCAUUGCUGAAGACAAAAGUAUUUCCCUUGCUGGCUGUGUAGCCCAGUUCUUCUUCUCUGCUGGGCUGGCCUACAGUGAGUGCUACCGGAUGGCUGCCAUGGCUUAUGACCGCUAUGUGGCCAUCUCAAAGCCACUGCUUUACUCUCAGGCCAUGUCCAACAGGCUAUGUGCAUUUUUGGUAACAGCUUCAUAUCUUGGAGCCUUUAUUAACUCUUUCAUCAUUACCAAAGGAACUUUUGCCUUGGACUUCUGUAAUGACAAUGUUAUUGAUGACUUUUUCUGUGAUAUCCCACCCCUUGUGAAGUUGGCUUGUGGAAGGAAGGAUACCUACCAGGCUGUGCUGUACUUUGUCCUGGCCUGCAAUGUUGCACCCACUGUGUUCAUCCUGGCCUCCUACCUCUUCAUCAUCGCCACCAUCUUGAAGAUCCGCUCUACCCAGGGCCGCCUCAAAGCCUUCUCUACCUGCUCCUCCCACCUGAUCUCCGUCACCUUGUACUAUGGCUCCAUUCUCUACAUCUACUCUCAUCCACAAUCGAGCUAUUCUUUGGAUAGGGAUAAGAUCGCUUCUACAUUUUACACCGUGGUGUUCCCCAUGUUGAAUCCCAUAAUCUACAGCCUAAGAAAUAAGGAUGUGAAAGAGGCUCUGAAUAAACUUCUCAAAUAA